GUUUGGAAGUUUUUGUUUAUUUUUUAUUUUUUUGAUGUUAGUUUUAAAGUCAGGGGUGGAAAUGACGCAACGUCACAUGCACGUUUUCCUUGUUAUUUAUUAUGGUUGUAUGAAGGUAUAAUGACGUGGCUGACAGUGUUAUUAUGGUCUGGCCCCGCCCCUGAUUCUGAUGUUGACGCCAGAGAAGAAGCCCGUGACCUCCGAAGGCUGGCGUCCUGAAACUCGCCCGCGCCAAGCCGUCCGUUCCCGGGUCCACCAUGUCCGUCAGACGCGUCCUCAGCCGCGGCCUGGAGCUGGGACGCUCGGUCGUCCAGCUUGGAUUCGCUAAAUCAAUCGGCCGGGUCACAGCGAAGUUCCGAACCGACCGCCUGCGUGCAGGCCCCGCGCUGCGCUCUGUCCAGCCUCGCGCUUUCCUGCCCGCGCGAUACCGCUACUACCGCGUGUCUCUGCGCGGCGCGGCUGCUCAGCUGCAGGCGGCCGCUUUCAGGAGGGGCUUCGGCGGCGGGCCGCGGAACAGGGCUGCGCUUCUGGCUUUCGGUCUCGGCGUGGGGCUCAUUGAGCAGCAGCUGGAGGAGGAGCGAAGCACCAGCAGGACCUGUGAGGAGAUACAGGCAGUCUUCAGGCAACGGAAGUUCCAGACCCCGCUCAAGCCCUUCCGCCAUGGAUACAAGCUGGACGACUAUGUUGUCGGGAAACAGAUCGGCAAGGGUUCAAAUGCGGCGGUGUAUGAGGUGGCUCCUGAGGAGGAGGAGACGAGUCCCGGUCCGUCCUGCUGCUCGCUGAGAAGCUUCCCUCUGGCUCUGAAGAUGAUGUGGAACUUUGGGGCAGGGUCCUCCAGCGAGUCCAUCCUGAAGUCCAUGUCGCAGGAGCUGGUUCCCGCCGCUCCUUCUGCGCUGAAGCGGGAGCUCCUGCCGGACGGGCACUUCGGAGUCCUCCCCAAACGUCUGUCGCCGCACCCCAACGUGAUCCGCGUGCACCGCGCCUUCACUGCUGACGUCCCUCUGCUCCCCGGGGCACAGGAGGAGUAUCCAGACAUGCUGCCGGCCCGCCUGAACCCGGCCGGCCUGGGGAACAACCGCACGCUCUUCCUGGUUAUGAAGAACUACCCCUGCACGCUGCGUCAGUACCUGCAGAGGUCCAGCCCCGGCCGCAGGCAGGCCACCCUCAUGGUGCUGCAGCUCCUGGAGGGAGUGGACCACCUGUGCACGCAGGGCGUGGCUCACAGGGACAUCAAGUCCGACAACGUGCUGCUGGAGUUCGACUCAGGUCCGGAAGAGCGAGCCACAUUUGUCCACUUUGCCCCUAACCGAGUGUUUCCUGCAGCUGGAUGCCCUCGCUUGGUGAUAUCUGACUUCGGCUGCAGUUUGAGUCGGAGCGACCGCAGCCUGCUGCUGCCCUUUAACAGCAUGUGGGUGGACCGAGGGGGGAACGUGUCCUUGAUGGCUCCAGAGGUGGCGUCCGCGGUGCCCGGCUCCGGUGUGGUCAUCGACUACAGCAAAGCCGACGCCUGGGCUGUGGGGGCCAUGUCCUAUGAGAUACUGGGUCAGACGAACCCUUUCUACCGUCCCGUGGGCCUGGAGAGCCGGCGCUACCAUGAGCAUCAGCUCCCUGCGCUGCCACCCAGCGCUCCUGCUGACCUGCAGUUGGUCAUUCAGGUUCUUCUGAGGAGGAACCCCAGCCAGCGUCCCAGCGCUCGAGUGGCUGCCAACAUGCUCCACCUCAGCCUCUGGGGGCGCCAGCUGCUGGCCAGUCGGGACGGCGUGGCCGUGAAGAAGCUGGUGGACUGGCUGCUGUGCCGGUCGGCGGUGGCUCUGCUCAAGGGCUGCCGCGGACCUGACGGGACUCGAGUGGAGGCGGAGCUGCAGCGCUGCUUCCUGUCCAACCUGGAGCUGGAGGACCUUCGCACGGCAGUGGGCUUCCUUUUGCACGGGCAACACCAGCGGCAGGCCAGUCUGCCGCCGGCGUAGACAAGCUACUGCAAAUAACUGUGGGUCUCCUCAACAAAUAAUAGAAUAGAAUAAGGAUCAUUCAUUUAAACUACUUUUCAUUUGUUCUGCUGUUGCAAAGAUGUUGCAAUAACAGAGAAAAGAAGUACAAGUAGAACACAUGUAGUUGAGAAUCAAGGGGUGGCGUCACUGAUAAUGUCGCGGAUACAUGCAUUUCUUGUAUUGGAAUGACGAACACUAUUGCACACCAUGGUGUAGUGUAGUACUCUAGUGACGCACGGCUUCCUAGUUUCAUCCCUGCUGUGUGAAUAAAGCACUUUUCUAGUGAAGUCAUUUUUGCAAUGUUUUGGACUGAUGAGUGAGGUUUCACAGGCGUUUGAAAGUGCUGGUUGUUGCCAAAUCCCAGUAUUUUUGCACACGAAGAAGCUGCUAAUAAGCCCGGCUCUGGUUGGAGGUUUGGGACUGUCGCACUUUAUUGUUAUUGUUUGGUUUGCAGGUGACAUUUUCUGUUUGUGGUGCUUUAUUGUGCACUGUUGAGCCUCUGAUGAUUAAACCGCUGAACCA